AUGAAGCACUUUGAGCUACUUCCGAGAGAGGAUCCCGAUGAAUCAAGCUCUCUACAAUCAGAGAAUCAAUGGAACGUUUGGGUGCGAAUCCUUGCCACUUCAGCACCGUACCAAAGAUACUUGAAGGACCCGAAAACAUCAUGGCGUCUGCUGGGGGCUGCCAUGGCCUUGGUAGCCGUCUGUACGAUCUUGGCCGUUGGUAGUGGAAAAUCAAGCGUUUCUACAGCUCCUGGACCAGUGGCAAUCCCAGACCAACCAAAACAAUUCUAUCGUCACUAUGACGGAGAUUUGCAUCUCCACGAGGUUCUCAAGAAGAGCGGGUUUUCCAAAAAGGGGUAUCACUGCGAAUUCUGUUCCGAUCUUUCCGGCGAUGGACGCCGCAUGGUGGUGGCUCAAGAUAGCCACGUUGUGAUCCUGGACUACUCGGAUCUCGAACAAGAAUGGAAACACACAGCGGCGCUUCCUUGCCAACCAAGUCCUGUACUGUCCAUUUCACGAAAUGGCAAACGUCUUGCCAUGACACACGUGGAAAAGGGCCCUGCGAAAAUGCACAAGGUGCAAGAGGUUUGGGUGUAUGAUCUAACACUAGAUCCACCCCAGAAAAUACACGAGCAAGCAUUGGAUAUAGAACAUCCCUUCUACACAAACUACACAUCUCCAGAAAAAGACAUUCGAGUAUUUCCCUACAAACCAGAUGGCAGAAAUGCCGACUUUGGAGCGAGCUUGAAGCUGAAUGACGACGGUACUAUCCUUGCCAUUGGACUGCCUCUUUUGAUCUAUUCCUAUCAUUUCCAGGGGGCUGAAAAGGGACCGUUUGUGAUGGGAUCCAUUCGUGUGGUUCAGUGGGACCAAACAACCAGAGCAUGGAAGCCCAUGGGAUCCGAAAUUGAUAGCCUCUCCAUGUCAUCCGAAGAAACCAAAAACAGCAAUGGGACCAUCAUGUACAUUGGUCAAGAAAUUGGUCAUUUCAUUGGUCUUUCGAGCAACGGUCAUCGGCUCGUCACAACCGUCAAUGCUCGACUAUUCCCUGGAGCUGGACCCAAGGCCACGCGAGACGGCAUUGUAGUUUUUGAAUGGGACAGCGCGGCACAACAAUGGACCCAAAUGCAACCCAUUCUUCCCGUAUCGGAACGACAAUACGUGACAAUGUCGGAGGAUGGCAACACGCUCGCCACAGAAGCAGCCGAGAAUCAAGUCAGGACUUUUGCCUUUGAUUCCCGAACACAACAAUGGCUUCCUUUUGGGGCUGUACAGGUCGGCAAAACCAUUGGAUUCAAGCGAUUUGGAACCUACGGAAGUCGCAGCAUGGCCUUGUCGUCCACGGGCAAGGUCUUGGCAGUGGCCGUCAGCGGAGGCAUCCAUGAGCACAACUUUCCUACUUCCAAGAUACCUACCUCUCAUGGCUACCUCCAAGUCUUUCAAUACCAACAUCAUGCAGCAGAUGCCAACAAUCAGUGGGUGUCCAUGGGGGCGCCAGUUGGUCCGGCUCAUUCGGGAGACAAUGUGAUGGAAGAUGCAUGCUCGGACUUUUCCUCGGUCAUGAUCUCUAGCGAUGGCAAACAUUUGGUGGGACAGGCUCCAUGUCCUCAACUUGUGCAAAUCUUUGAGUACAUCGAUGGAGGAGACAAUGUGGUCCUCGACCAUGCCCACAUGAACAACUAG